AGGUCCCCGCUGCCGGCCAUCGAGGAAGCGCGGCGAGCGACUAGGCGCGGUGUGUGUACGGCGGCUCCACCAUGUCGAAGGUGUCCUUUAAAAUCACGCUGACGUCGGAUCCGCGGCUACCGUACAAAGUUCUCAGUGUUCCGGAAAGUACGCCGUUCACGGCCGUGUUGAAGUUUGCAGCGGAAGAAUUUAAAGUUCCUGCAGCAACAAGUGCAAUUAUUACUAAUGAUGGAAUAGGAAUAAAUCCUGCACAGACUGCUGGAAAUGUUUUUCUGAAACAUGGCUCAGAGCUGCGGAUCAUUCCUAGAGACCGAGUUGGAAGUUGCUGAUGUCCGCUUCUUGGAAUCCACACCUUUCAGAAUAAAUACUGGUGUUUGUUGUUGCUGUGUGGUUAAAAUCAAGCAUUCACGAUACAGUGAAAGCACCAAGAAUCAAUGAAACAAGGAAAGUUGACUCUUGCCCCUUCUUUUCAUUCUUUUCAUGGGAAGAGAGAAUGCCUUUGAGUGGAGGGUACCAACCACAGGUCCCACAGUGGGUGACUGCUGCCUCGCCAGAAGAAGAGGGCACUUCUGUGACAGAUUGACUGUGCUUUUCAAAAACUAACAAAGCCAACUACAACAACCAGAGGAUGGGUUCGAUUAUUCUUUUCAGGAACAUUUGGAAAAUCAAAAUUCACUGUAUCGAAUGUAUUUCCAAUUUUAAAAUAUAAAGGAUAACUGACCAUAGAGUCAUUUGGCUCAACAGCAUCUCACCUGCAGGCCCAUAUUUAGAUUUUCAAUCAUAUUGUUUGUGAUGAAGUUAAUAGGUGUUUCUAUGAACAGUUAAAUUUUAUACAAAAGCAAAAUUAAAUUAUGGGAUCUAACAUUUAUGUGUGUAAAGUUGCUGUCUUACAGCGAAUAGCUUCGACAUAGUGAUUUUAUGAAGUCAGUUGUGUCCUGGUGGGAAUUGACAGCAACACAGAAGUACCUUCAGCUAAAUUAAGCAUUCCUCGACAAUGUUGUAUACAGGGUCCAGACAGAAGUCCUUAAACCCUUUCUUUUUAGGAUUCUGUUUGAGCAGCAUCCAGAAAAUGUUGUUGCAGAGAAGAUGCACGCUUAGAAGAAAGCUUAGAGAAGCAUCCCUGUGCUGAUGGGGUGACCCUAAUGAACAGGGAGCGUAAGGAAGCUGUUAGCACUAGUCACAAGUAGGUAAAAGCCAGGGAGGUAAAGACGGCCAGGCUCUUGCCAGAAGAGCAAAGGCAGUGAUGAGAAUGGAAGGCGGGCAGCGGGAGGAGUCAGAAGCUCCAGUAAGGUGGGAGAAGUGAGAAAGGGUACAGGACCAGAGGGCAACUGCACACAUUUCAGAGCAGCCCACAGCAGUCUACAGGAAGAGUGCAGGGCAGAGCCCAUCCGAGGUAAUCAGUCAGACAAAGCUCUGCUCUGCAAGCCCGACAGUGAGUGAGUUCAAUUCCCAAAACCCACGUGGAAAGAAAACCAACUCCACAGCCGUCCUCUGUCCACACACAGACACCCUGAGGUGAGCCAGUCCCCUCUCCCAACAGGAAGGCAGUUUUAAAAGCUCUCCUUUGCCUCUCCGGAGGAAACCCAUGUCUUCGCACAUCUUGCAGGAUGAAUCAGGUGCUGCCAAUGACUGAGCUGGGCAGCUCUGCUCCAGCAGUGAGCUCUUUGGGGGUGAGGGGCUGUCACAUGCUCCCUAGAGCUAGCAAUACAAGUGCUCAAUAAACAUUUACUGAAU